AAAGUUCACUGACUGAGCUGAGGAAGCCUGGACUUGACUGGCUGGCCGACUGACUGAGCUGGGGGCUCGGGCUGCAUAUACUCGCAAAGAGAGACACGCUCACCAGCUCACUCGCACGCUUAGACGCGAUCGCCACACACACUGUGCUGGCCCGGCCACUAUCAGAGCAGCGCCCAGUCUUCUCGACGAACCAACAACCUAACCGUCCGUCCGUCCGUCCGUCUCUCUCCUGUAUAAAGUGUCGCCCGUUUAUUUUUUAGUUGGAAAUUUUUUAUUCCGCCCAGCGUCGAUCGCCCAGGUGAAGAAAUUAAAAAAAAGCAAAGCAUUCAAACAAAACAACAUCUGUUGCUGCUGCUGUUUGGGUCGUAAAAAGAAAAUUUUUAUACGAACGGCGGCCAGCGGACACCCGACGCGCUCGGCUGAAAAUUGUCCGAUUAUUUCCAUUCGGUGUGACGUGAUGUUCUUCAGUGUUACCACGGUGGUUUGAUUAUCGAAGCGUCGCGUGUUGUUUUGAUUAUUUCUCUUUUUUGACAUUCUCCAAGAAAAAGAGAGAAAGGAAAGAAGAAGAAGAGGAAGAAUCACACACUUUGUUCGUUGUUCGCUUGAAUUGAUUCCUCGCCGGCCCACGUCAUUUCAGUUGGUUGAAAAAAGAAGAAGAUGGAAUCGCUAUGGGGGAGACUCAAAUUGAUGCUGCCGAUCCUGAUGAUCAUCCUAUUGGCUGGCGGGAGCUUGGCUCAGUUCAACCGGUUCCCUCAGGUCCAGCAACCGUUCCAGCAACCGUUCCAGCAGCAGCAGCAGCAGCAAUUCAGGAUACCACGACAGCAGGCGCCUCUCCAGCAACCCAAUCAGAAUUUUAACAACGUCCAACGGCCUCUAGCGCCUCAGAGACCGUUCCAGCAGGCCAGCAGGCCGUUCCAGGCGAUGGCUGACCAAGUCCGGCAGACGAGGCAGCAAACGCUACAAGCCAACGGACAGCAGCCGUUCAGGCAACCAACAGCCCAGCCGCAGCAAGUAACCCAGCAGCCGUUCCGCCAGCAACAGCCAACUUUCGCCCAGCAAUUCAGGCAGCCGUUCCAGCAGGCGACCCAACCGGUCCGUCAACAAUUUCCUGUCCAGCAGCCACAGACAGCACGCCCAGCCCCAGUUCAGCAACAACAACAGCCACCGUUUAGGCAACCAGCUCCGAAUCAGCAAGGAUUCCGCCCACCGAAUCAGAGGCCCCAAGCCCAGCCACAACAGCAGCAGCAGCAGCAGCAGACGUUUAGACAACCGCAGCAAUUGGCGCAACAACCUGCGCGUCAGCCUCAACAGCUUUUCCAGCAACCGCAAGCCCAGCAGCAACCAAGACCAGUCCAGCAAUUCGCGCAGCCUCCGCCAGCAGCUCAGCCCCAGCAGCAAACGUUUGCACCGCAACAGCCACAGCAACAACCACCACCACAACAACAACAACAACAGUUUAAUCCGCCAGUGACUCAAGUGCCUCGUCCGGCUCCAUUUGUGCCCCAAGAGCCGCAAGUUCCCCGUCCGGUCGUUCCAUUUCAAGAGCCUCAACAGUUGCAGAAUUUGCAACAACAACAACCUGUACAACAACAACAACAGCCACCAGUUCAACCAGAACAACAGCAGCCACAGCCACAGCCAGAACAACCUACAACUACUACAACUCCGGCGCCGUUCAUCACGCCGGUCCCGGUCACACCGCCGACAACGACGCCGCCGCCAAUUCCGGUCGCCGCCAGUUCUUCAUCCGGAGACCCGUCAGUUCCGGUCUUCCGAGGUGGAAUGACGACAACGCGGCAGCCCAGCGGGCCGGUACCUGCUUCGCCGCUGAUGGACAACAAUGCCGGCGUCAACAACGCCGGAAUUCUGCCACUGCAGACGGACACGAACGAUCAGAACCUGCUCUUCCCGAUAUAUCCGCCGUUCGCGUAAACACGAUCAAGUCUGAGCUAUGCAAAAAAAGCAAUUCAACGCGUGCCUGUACAAACGAAAUUAAAACAAAAAAAGAACACUCUUUCCAGACAUUUGUGCGCUGCCUAAAUAUUUCCGCGUUAUCUGCCCAUUCUUUCCUUAAUUUUAUUAAUCGAACUGUUUGUGUAUUUUUUUUUUAUUUUAGUAAUUUCUUAUUUCGUUUUGUCAUAGAAAAUUUUGGAUAAUUUGCAUUUUCCCUCUUUAUUUUGUUUCUUCUUCUUCUCUUUAAAUGACUAUUAUUUACUCCAGUCCGCAUUUAUUACAAUUACUAUGUCUAGAAUAUAAGAUACACACACCCAAACCGGCCGCCGGAACUGCUGGGAUUCGGAAUUGAACCUGAUUGUCACAAAUUGAUUUGAUAAAAAUCUUUUGAUUCGAUUGACAUACCCAACAGCGAUUUGGGAUGGAUUUGUAAUCGAAUCACAAAGAUGAUGAUGUACGAGCUAGGAUCGUCUAUAGUACGAAGAAUAGAUUUAAGUUAAUUGACCCCGAUUUGUGAGGAACCGUACGGCCGGUUUCCGGUUCUGUUCCCAAAUAUUUUUUUCAUGUUAUUUUUUCAUUAAUUCGAUUAUUAUUCGCGACCCAAGCAAAAUAACACAAAAAAGUGAUUGAAAUUUUCAAUUUUUUGUUGUAAUUGAACAUUUUCGCUGUGUACUACAAAAUGUCAUCUCAUUUAAAUGGUCUAAACUAUUUUUAUUUGUGUUCUUCGAGGUCAUCAUCAUCUGCGACAUGUGUCGUAAUCAUUGGCUAAAACAAAGGCGAUCGAUCGGAAUAGUUUUCGAGUUACCUAAUUGGACACGUCCAGAAAUGGACGUCUCAAUUAAAACCCAACCCCGACACCCGUUCUCCUCCCGACAUGUACAGACGCUGACACAAGUCCAUUGGCGUCCUUUGAGAGUCCAUCAAAGGCAGUCGUGUAACACAGUGGAUGUUGUCCAAAGGUCACAGAGUCUGCGUGCAGUCAAAUAACGUCUACGUCAAAGUGAAGUGAUGCGCAAGUGUGGCGAUUUAUCGCACUGCGGCGGUGCUUUUAUAUGUCCAACAAUUUCGCAACAAAAGAGGUACUUUUCGACCCAGUUUUUUGGCUCCUGUUUCUCCGUCGGUUGCCCCCCCGCAAAUCGUGCUGCCGAGCGCAAUAAAACGAUCGGCAGUAAUCGUAAAGAAAAAGAAGAAGAGCAUAAACCCCCCGCGAGAGCUCGCAACAACAUCUAGCGGGCGACUAAUAUUAUACCGGGACCGAUUUAACGGCUACUCUCUUCUUGGAAGGAAGCCUUCGGGAGUGCUGCUGUGUAUAACACACAAACAACUCUCUGCCGCUGUUUGGACCUGGAUUUUGGAUGCCUUUUGGAAACUGUUUCGUUAGUAUUUUUUUUAUUUUUUUUUAUUUUUAUUUUGUUUCUUUCCGUUUCCUUCUGGUGCGUCGCUCAUUUCUCCGUGACGGAAACACAAAACACAUCCGCGGCGUUGCUGCUCAAAGUGCUCAGUGUGCCGGGUGUAUAGACGAUGGAGGCAAAAAGAAUCUUUCAAGUCGUGAAAUAAAAACGAACGCUGCUGGCCGGUUUGAUGAUGAAGAAUAGCAA